AAGAUGCUUUCUACACUUUGUAUUAUUCUCUUGAUAAUCAUUUUCCUUUCUUCUUGGACUAGAUCAUUCACCUGAAUGAUUUGAGACUUUAGGUUCAUGAAGUACUGUUGAAAAUGAAAUUCUGAACAGUUGAAAUGAACAAAUUUGCAUCUAUGUUCAUCCUCAGAGAUCACAAUACUACUCAGAAUCACUGUUUUUGAAUUUUCAGCUUCAGUUUAUAUAGCAGUAAAUGAGGAAAUCCUUGGUUAUUGCCUUUCUCAUAGCCAUAUGUUUCAUUGCUUUUAUCAUAUCCAAGAUUGUUAUCUCAAUCCUCCUCUAUAAAAGAUGGAAAAGAAAACAUGUCAUUUAUGAAGGUUAUACAGGAGGGAAGAUGGUGAUAUUUAGGUCUUCAAUUCUUAAAUCUUUAACAACUGAGAUGGUGUUAAAGAAGACACAGAAACUGAACAACAAGGACAUCAUUGGUUCUGGUGGUUACGGUGUAGUUUACGAACUAAAACUGGACGAUUCCGCGGCUUUUGCUGUGAAGAGAAUGAACCGCGGAACAGCGGAGAGAGAUAAAGGUUUUGAGAGAGAGUUACAAGCAAUGGCAGACAUAAAACACCGCAAUGUUGUGACUCUUCAUGGAUAUUAUACUGCACCACAUUACAAUCUUCUCAUAUAUGAGUUAAUGCCUAAUGGAAGUUUGGAUUCCCUUUUGCAUGGGAGAUCGACGAACAAGGUUUUGGAUUGGGAGACAAGACACAGAAUAGCUUUAGGUGCAGCUAGAGGAAUAUCAUAUCUUCACCAUGAUUGUAUCCCUCACAUUAUCCACAGAGACAUCAAGUCAAGUAAUAUAUUGCUGGAUCAAAAUAUGGAAGCUCGAGUUUCGGAUUUCGGGUUAGCCACGUUGAUGGAACCAAACAAAACUCAUGUUUCAACGAUUGUUGCUGGAACUUUCGGAUACUUGGCUCCAGAAUAUUUUGAUACGGGAAGAGCGACACUCAAAGGGGAUGUUUACAGUUUUGGAGUAGUGUUAUUGGAGCUUUUAACCGGAAAGAAACCUAGUGACGAAGCAUUUAUGGAAGAGGGAACCAAACUCGUUACAUGGGUGAAAGCGGUUGUUCAAGAGAAGAAAGAAGAGGUAGUUCUGGAUAGUAGCUUAGGUUCAUGUUGUCCAAUGCAUGAGGUUAACAAGGUAUUCAACAUUGCAAUGAUGUGUCUUGAACCAGAUCCUCUGAACAGGCCAACCAUGGCUGAAGUCGUUAACCUGCUCGAGAAAACCGAAACAGCAUCCUGAUGUUCACUCAGGAAUCCCUCAUCUCAAGUUUCAAGCAAACCAGACACGGCAGAGCUAGAACAAAAAUUAAGAGGCCAUUUAAAAACAUUUGUAUUAGUUUUAUAAUCGUCUUGCAUUUCUGGAAACAAUGAAAAUGUCAAAAGAGUUAUUUUCAUUAUUUCCUGAAAUGGAUCCGUAGCGAAUAUUUAUCUUCUCUCCAUUAGAAUGACUUGUAAAUAAUUUACUUUCUUAGAAUAGGUCAGAUAAACUAGACAAUAUAGUAUU